CACCCCUACCCAAGUAAUUUGCAAGCUAUUGAUUAAAAAGAAUAAGCAAGAUGGACGUUGCAGUGGCGAGAGGCUUCCAAAUUCUGGCGCAUGCUGGUUCAUCCCCCUUCCCUGGAAGGAUCAGCCAUAAAACUGCAUUUGGUGCAACAAAGACUAACUGGCUCGUGGAAAUAGGAUCUUCCUCGCACCACCUCCGAGUGGUAGUUCGAGCCCAGAACCGCCCAACAUGGCUUCCUGGCCUCGACCCUCCACCUUAUCUUGAUGGAACACUUGCUGGGGAUUUUGGAUUUGAUCCCCUUGGACUUGGAGAAGAUCCCGAAAGUCUAAAGUGGUAUGUCCAGGCAGAACUUGUUCAUGCACGCUUUGCCAUGGCCGGAGUUGCUGGGAUUCUUGCUACUGAUCUACUACGCAUAACAGGAAUAAGCAAUCUGCCAGUUUGGUAUGAAGCAGGUGCAACCAAGUUUGAUUUUGCUAGCACCAGAACGUUAGUCAUUAUUCAGCUUCUAUUAAUGGGAUUUGUUGAAACCAAAAGAUACAUGGAUUUCAGAAAUCCUGGAUCUCAAGCUAAGGAGGGGUCUUUCUUCGGGUUAGAAGCAGCACUAGAAGGGAUCGAACCUGGGUACCCUGGUGGUCCUUUGCUAAAUCCUCUUGGCCUUGCUAAAGAUAUAAAGAAUGCUCAAGAGUGGAAGCUCAAAGAGAUUAAAAAUGGAAGGUUAGCAAUGGUGGCCAUGCUCGGAAUUUUUGUUCAAGCUAAUGUUACCCAUGUUGGCCCUAUUGAAAAUCUCAUUGAGCAUCUCUCAAAUCCCUGGCAUAAAACAAUCAUUCAAACACUUGCUGGAUCUGGUUCUUAAAUCUUCAGAGACUGCAAUUGGUUCCUAUCAAUGUGAAACACGAAAUACAUAGUGACGUGUAAAAUGCACCUUUUGGAAGCUAAUUCAACCUAAUGAUGAAGAGUUCAAACGCAGUUGUGGAAAGGCAAGAGUGUUUUAAGAAGAUUAUACCUCCUUU